UUCACCGAGCCUGCAAUAACCUCAACAAUAUGAAAUUCGUUAUUGUACUACUUGCCGUUAUUGCCCUGGCUUCUGCCCGUCCUGAGGUGGAGAUCAUAAAAUCAGAAUCAGAUGUGCAACCUGACCAUUAUUCUUUCGAUAUGGAGACCAGCGAUGGCACUAGUAGACAUGAAGAGGGCGUUGUGAAGGAUGCUGAUAGCGAACACCCAGCUCUAGUUGUCCACGGUUCUUAUACCUACAAGGAUGAACAUGAUGGCAAAGAAUACUCGGUCAGCUAUGUAGCAGAUGAAUACGGCUUCCAACCCACUGGUGAACAUAUCCCCAAGCUACCUGCAAUCGAACAUUAAAUUAGGAGUGUAUCGAAUUUAUUAUAUUUUUU